AUGGCCGGCGAAUCGAUGGCGGGGAGCCUCGGAGAGGUCCCCGCCAAAGAUGUCGCAGUCAUCGCAAAAGCCGCUUCUGAAGAAGCCACAAAGUGGCUCAAGCGCAACAACGUCGAGGCGGGCGCCGGCACGCUCGCCUAUGCCGGCACCCUCCUCAAGAUCAGCACCUCCAGCGACCAGAGGACGCGGACCGGCAUCUUCAUUCUCAUCGCAUCAGGGGGCACCGUUUAUAUCGAACCCCUCUCAAGCAAGGUCAUCGCGAGCGACACCGACGCGCUGAUCAAGCUGUACCAGCAGUCGGACGCCCCGGAGCGUCGCACGAGCAUGUCCGAGUACGUUGAGCUCGCCUUCGCCGACAAGAUCAAGUUGCCCCAGCAGUUUGGGGGCCCCGCUACCACCGUCACCCGCACCCUGGUGGACGACGCCGAGCUCAACCGGUUCAUCUCCGUCUCACACGUGGACAAGCGCGCCCUCGCUGCGAUCAACAACGCCGUCUACCAGGUCCUCCUCGACAAGAUCGUCGUCGGCGAGCGGCCCCGCGAGGAGAUCAUGCGCAUCGUCGACGGGCUUCCGGCCUGUCGAGGCCUGUCGAGGCCUGUCGAGGCCUGUCGAGGCCUGUCGAGGCCUGUCGAGGCCUGCCUGUCGAGGCCUGUCGAGGCCUGCCUGUCGAGGCCUGUCGAGGCCUGCCUGUCGAGGCCUGUCGAGGCCUGCCUGUCGAGGCCUGUCGAGGCCUGCCUGUCGAGGCCUGUCGAGGCCUGCCUGUCGAGGCCUGUCGAGGCCUGCCUGUCGAGGCCUGUCGAGGCCUGCCUGUCGAGGCCUGUCGAGGCCUGCCUGUCGAGGCCUGUCGAGGCCUGCCUGUCGAGGCCUGUCGAGGCCUGCCUGUCGAGGCCUGUCGAGGCCUGCCUGUCGAGGCCUGUCGAGGCCUGCCUGUCGAGGCCUGUCGAGGCCUGCCUGUCGAGGCCUGUCGAGGCCUGCCUGUCGAGGCCUGUCGAGGCCUGCCUGUCGAGGCCUGUCGAGGCCUGCCUGUCGAGGCCUGUCGAGGCCUGCCUGUCGAGGCCUGUCGAGGCCUGCCUGUCGAGGCCUGUCGAGGCCUGCCUGUCGAGGCCUGUCGAGGCCUGCCUGUCGAGGCCUGUCGAGGCCUGCCUGUCGAGGCCUGUCGAGGCCUGCCUGUCGAGGCCUGUCGAGGCCUGCCUGUCGAGGCCUGUCGAGGCCUGCCUGUCGAGGCCUGUCGAGGCCUGCCUGUCGAGGCCUGUCGAGGCCUGCCUGUCGAGGCCUGUCGAGGCCUGCCUGUCGAGGCCUGUCGAGGCCUGCCUGUCGAGGCCUGUCGAGGCCUGCGGGCUAGACCUGCUUAAUAUCCAGCCGGAGGAGCCGCCACCAACUGUCGCACCGGCCGACUCUUGGUCCACCACCACGCUCGAGACGCUCCCCGAGGACGCACUGGCCUCUGUGCUGGCUCAGUUGGGUUCGUCUGUGGACCAGCUCGUCGUCGCGUGCGUCUCCAGCUCCCUCUGCGACGCCGUUUCCCGCUCGUGGGCGCGCGACGCUCUCCUCCUCUCCUCGGACCCGCACCUCGCCACCGACCAGCUGCUGCUGCAGCUCACGCUCGGCCGGCUCGCGCGUGGGCUGGUGCGGGAGCUCGACAUCGCGGGCUGCGAUCUGCUGACCAAAUCCGCCGUGACGAGGGCGGCCAUGGCCCAGCGCACCAUCCAGCGCCUCAACGGCACCAACGUCGGGGUCGGCUCGUGGACGCCCGAGCAGCUGCUUCGGGUCAUCGCUGCCCUCGACGACCUGCGUGUGCUCACUGCGGACUGCCGCUCGCUCGGCGCGUCGUCGCCGCUGCUCCGCCUCCUCGCCCACCCCGCCGUGCGGCUGCGCAAGCUCGUUCUCCACAAGCCCGAGUCGGGUGCCGCGCUGGAGCCUGCAGCCGACGACCUCGUCUCGCUCACCGCGGCGCUCUGCACUCUGCCGCCGCCCACGCGGGCACUCUGCGUGCAGAAGCUAGCGCUGUCGGGCGUCCGCAGCGCCUCGGUCGAGGCACUCGCCGCGCUGGGCGCCGCGCUCGACGGGAACCGCCACCUCGAGCAGCUCUCGCUCGGCUGCAACUUCAUCUCGGCCGAGGGCUGCCGCGCGCUCGCCGCCGCCGUCGCGUCGCACCCCGCCCUCCGCUCCCUCUCGCUCGAGCACAACCCGAUCCAAGACUCGGGCGCCGCCGCCCUCUCCGCCGCCCUGUGCGGGCGCGGCUCGCGCCUCACCUCCCUCUCGCUCCCCUUCACGGGAGCGAAGGACGGCGCUUGCCGCGCGCUCGCCGACGCGCUCGCGGCCGGCGCGCCCCUCGCCUCCCUCGACCUCGGCGGCAACCUGGUCACGGCGGGGGGAGCCGCCGCCCUCGCGGCCGCCCUCGCCGACCCGUCCGGCUGCGCGCUCCGCUCGCUCAACCUGGCGGCAAACUACCGCCUCGGGCCGGAGGGCGCCCUCUCCCUCGCCGCGGCGCUGCCGUCGAGCGGCUUGGCCGAGCUCCACCUGGCGGGCUGCGCGGUCGGCGCGGGGCCGGUCGGCAGGAUCGCCGCGGCGGUGGCGCGCUCGUCGCUCCGCCUGCUCGACCUGUCGCACAACCAGAUCGGCGACCGGGGCGCGUGGGAUCUCGCCUGGGCCAUCGCCGAGCCGCACGCGCAGCUGACGACGCUCAUCCUCAAGUCGGACGACAUCGAGGACGACGGCGCCGCGGAGCUGCUCGCCGCGCUGGCGCACAACACCGUCCUCGAGGUGCUCGACCUCUCUGGCAACCGGAUCGACCCAAGCGGCGAGCACGGCGCCUCGCAGGACCGGCGCGUGACGCUCGGCUUCCAGUCCCGCCCCUUCCUCCACACGCCGGCGGAGGCGGCGCCGAGCGGCGGAGAGGCGAGCGGCGGCGACGCGGCGAGCAGCGCCUAG